CAAGCACUGACUCUCCAACGAUGAUCAGAGCUUGGAACUGAGCAGGGGAACAAACUCUCCGGAGCAGGUUCAGCUCAACAACUAAGGGUAGCCUCAGAUGAUCUCAAAAAGGGGGAGAAAAUGACUAUGAUGGCUCACCAGUCCUCUUCUUGGAUCUUCAUCAAUGAGAGGACAUUCAUUACCAGGGAACAACUUAAUUCUUUAUUGGAGACCUAUAACAUCUUUUAUAGGAACCAGAAAAAUCUGCAUAUUUUAUAUGGACAGACUGACGAUGGUAAACUAAUUGUUGAAGGAACCCUGGACAUUUUCUGGGGAGUAAAGCGGCCUAUACAACUGAAAAUACAAGAUGAGAAGCAAAUCCCUUCUUUCACUGUGCUGAAGUCACCAGAUGUCUUUUCCAAAAGGGGAAUGACACGCUGGGGAGAAUUUGAUGAUCUUUACCGUAUUAGUGAUUUGGACAGGACUCAGAUUCCAGUGUCUGGAGCAACAGAUUCCCAGGAAGAUUAUUUAUCUUAUCACAGUAGCACUCUGAAGCUUCAUGCAGAUGAAGAAUCUGAAUCCCCGUUGCUCUAUAGAACCAUGAGUGAAGCAACCCUGGUGAGAAAAAGGAUGAAGCCUCCGAUGAUGGACAGAAAGGACAGACAGAAGCAUAGGGCCUCUAUUAACGGACACGUUUAUAACCAUGAAACAUCAAUUUUCACUCCAGCCUUUGGAUCAGAAACUAAGGUCAGAAUAAACAGUAAUAUGAGAACUGAAGAAGUAAUAAAGCAAAUUCUCCAAAAAUUUAAGAUUGAAAAUAGUGCCCAGGAUUUUGCACUUUACAUUAUUUUUGCAACAGGAGAGCAGAGACGGCUAAAGAAAACAGACAUUCCGCUACUGCAUAGACUCCUACAGGGACCAUCCAAAAAGAAUGCUCGCAUAUUCCUCAUGGAUAAAGAUGCAGAAGAAAUUAGCAGUGAUGUGGCUCAGUAUAUUAACUUUCAUUUUUCUUUCCUGGAAUCCAUCCUUCAAAGAUUAAAUGAAGAAGAAAAAAGAGAGAUUCAGAGAACAAUAACAAAAUUCAGUACAGAAAAGGCUAUCAUACUGAAAUGUCUUCGAAGUAAACAGGAAAUAGAAAAUUUAUGAUUAAAAAGUUGCCAACAAAAAAGUAGCAAGUACAUGCAAGCACAGAGUUCUACUAGAUGCAAAAAAAUUCAAAUAAAUUAUUCAAGUGAGAUGUUAACAUCACUACUGUGGUAGUUUUUAAAUAUAUGUAUGAAGUCUUUGAUACUCCUCCUCUCAAGAUACGGAGCCUAAUCUUCCUCACCUUGCCAAUGGGCUGGACUUAGCAACUCACUUCUAAGGAACAGAGGAAAGCAGAAGUGCCAGGCUGUGGCUUUGGAGACUAGGUCAUAAAAGUCACUGUGGUGUCCUCCUUGCUUGUUCUCUUGGAUUGCUUGCUCUGGGGGGAGCCAACUGCCACAUCCAGAGUAGCCCUAGGGAAAGGCCUAUAUAACAGGAACUGAGACCUUCUUCCAAAAGCCCAAAAGCCAACAAGGAACUGAGGCACCCCGUCCGCAGCCCACAGCCGUGGGUGUGCGCCAUCGGCCAGCCCCAGUCAAGCCUUCCAUGACUGCAGUCCUGGCAAAGAGCUUGACUACAACCUCAUGAGAGACCUGAGCCAAAAAUCCCAGCUAAACCACUCCUGGAUUCCUGAUCCUCAGAAAAUGUGUGAGGUACGAAAUGUUUGUUGUAGUAUGCUGGUAUGUUUUAGGAUAAUUUGUUACAUAACAAUAGAUAACUGAUAUAAUUUCUGAGACAAAAAUCUGUUCACUUCAGAGUCAUCUUUACAUAAUACAAGAAUAUAAACUUUUGUCACAAAACCGUUCAUCCUUGUUUUAGGUGGUCCAAAUAUUUCACUACCAGUUACAUAUUAGUUCAAAUUCAGUUCUAGAUAAUGUUAUACUUAUUAAUGGUAGAGGACCUGUCACAUUCAUCUUUGUAUA